GCUAUCGUAUUUCAUUCUGAGAAGAAGAAGCAAGCAGGAGGAAUUACUCCAGGAGAAACUACUGACAUACUAUUGAAAAGAUGGAGAUUAAGGAAGAACCCUGCAGAAUAAAAGACGAAGAUACAGAGAAACAAAUAGGAGAAGAAGCAAGAAGGAGGAAUUACUCCAGGAGAAACUACUGACAUACUAUUGUAAAGAUGGAGUUUAAGGAAGAACCCUGUAGAAUAAAAGAUGAAGAUACCGAGGAAUUAAUAGCCCAACUAGAGAGUAUGUCAGCUCCAGUUUGGAUCCAGCCUCUUAGGAAGACUUAGCGAUGCCAACUCCUGCGAGGACUUCAGAUGACACAAGCUCUUAAUCAAUAUGCACGAAUGCUAAAUUUUUCUAUAUAUCCUAAUCAUUUUAAUAGUCAUUUGUAGUGGUGUCCCAAACCUUAGUGGACAUUAUCGAGUGCACUCAUUCAAUCCCACAAUGCACCACAAUAACAAGUGUACAACUGUCAACUGUCAUCAUUUACACUCCCUUGUGUUGUUUCAAGCUUUUAUGACUUACUUUUGCAGAAUAUAAAAGAAGAUAUUGUGAAGAAUGUUGAUCGCCAAACUGUUUCGGUUACCAUUGACUUCUAUUGAACAAAAAAAUACUGAGACAUUUCUCAAAUUAUCUUGUUUUAUGUUCCACAGAAGAAAGUCAUACAGGUUUGAAACGACACAAGGGAGAUCAAAUGAUUACAGAAUUUUCAUUUUUGGGUGAACUAUCACUUUAAUGCCCAUUAUUAACCCAUUAAUCUAAUGGCAUUAUUUAUGUAAUUGUAAUUGCAGUGUAACUGCAUUCAUGCCACGUGUGAGCUGCAAUAAACGGUCUAUAAAUGUAUAGGCUAAAAGUUUGUGUAAUGUGUAACGUGUGUAAUGACACCUUUUACAAAACAGUUGCAAAUGCUUUCAUGAAAGUGAAAUCUGAUGUUUAUCAGCCUAUGAGUACAGUAAAUAUAUUAAUUUUGUUUACUGGGAGAAAUCUAAAGCUGACAACUUAUGCACUGAGCUCAACCAAAGUCCCUUUAAGACAAGUCAUUUCACUCGGCGGCCAUCUUUGAAAACGCCUCUCGGGCAUCCAAGUGCAGCUCCUAUCUUUUUGAAUGGGGAAAACAUCAAAUUCUCUAAAGCUGUUUGCCAAGUUUCGAUUAAAUUUCAUAUUUGAAAUCACCAAUGAAAUCUGACAACAACUGUCUCAUAAUUUUUUUUCUAAACGCUCGAAUCAUGACAAAAACGGCAUUUUUUUAGUCUGGCUCAAGCUAAUGCGCAUGCGCAGUCCUAAAUGCGCGUCUCUUGUGCCUCGGAGGCGCGCGUCUGACUGUUUCUAUAGAAACCGGAGUUUCUAACGGCCGCUGCAGUGACGCGAUGACUUUACCAAUCGGCGAUUGGCUCUUAUUUAGAAGGCGGGACUUAUUCCGCCAUAUUGCGCGUUGCACUUUCUCCCAUUCAUAAUAAUACGAGUGACGCGUCUUGUGUUAUUCUACAGUCUUUGGCUCAACCAGUUUCCGAUUCCUGAGCGAAUGACUCUUAUGAGUCGGUUCAUUAGGAGCGCGAAUCAGGUCUUGAAUCCUAAAUGAUCAAUUUCGUCAUGUCCGACUUGAAAUAAUCCAAUGUUAUGCUACAUUUAGGACCUUAAGACCGUUAGUGACCAGAUAUUCACAUGACAGAUUAUGAGUUGUGUUGAGCAAUAGGCUAUUUAAUGUAAUGAACAGGCCUAAAUGAAACCUGUAAACACAAUAUGAACCAAAGAUUAGUUUCAGGCAUACAAUGUAACUAUUUUUUAGAUGAUAACAUUUUGAUGAUGAUUCUGUUCUGAUAAUAUAAUAACACCACUUUUGAGAAUAUAAUGUCUAAAAUACCAUAAAGAAAUAACAGUAGGCUAACAGUAGGCUCUUUCGUUUUGUUUAUUAAUUUGCCCUUCUUUAAUUUAAUUAUGGGAAUUUAAUGAUUUUUAGACCCAAUGGAAGCAAAUGAAGACAAGCAGCAUCCGUUUAAAAAACCUCAUCAUUUCUCAAAUGAAUAUGGAAUUUCACAGACUAAAAAGAAUUUUAUUAAAAAAAUGUGUAAAAAAAUGAAUAAAGGAAUAAUGUGCAGAUCUAUUCUGUUUCAUUCCAGAUUUUAAUUAUACUGUCCCUCAGUAUAAAUGAGCAACUUCCAUUUUCACUUUAUACCGCGACGCAUUUCCUGUUAUAUGAAUUUAAAGAAUUCCCAUCGCUGGAGUUCCGCCAGUAGAGGGCGCUCGUGAAACCGAAGCAAUGACACACAUCCGAGUCUAGGAGACGAAGAGAAGUGAGCGAGGGAAGGGAACAUAAACAUGAGAAGUGAAACUCUUCAUUCUGCUCUAAUUCUGCUGCUUUUCAGACCGAGUACAUUAAUUUGUAUCAUUUAUUAGGAGAAAUCUAAAUCCAAACGUUUAAAGCAGUCAGUUCAUUUAGUGAAUCACAAAGAAAUGAAUCAAAAUGAACCGACAGCCGUUCAUGAGAGUUUAGAUGUUGGGGAAUAUUCCCAUCUUCCCACAGGAGAAGGAGCAAGGAAUUACUCCAGGAGAAACUGCUGACAUAUUAUUGUAAAGAUGGAGAUAAAGGAAGAACCCUGCAGAAUAAAAGAUGAAGAUACAGAGGAACAAAUAGACCUGAUGGAAGUGAAUGAAGACAAACGCCAUAAUUUCACAAAUGAAGAUGGAAAACUGACAUAUAAAAAUGAAGAUAAACAACAUCUGUUUGAAAAAUAUCAUAGUUUCAAAAAUGAAGAUGGAAAUGCAGUCGUUUCAAAUACUGAAGAGAAUUUCACACAAAAACAAGCUGGAAAUUCUGGAGUCGAAGGAUCUUUCACCUGCUUUGAGUGUGGAAAGAGUUUCACAUAUAAAUCAACCCUUAACAGACACAUAAGAGAACACACUGGAGAAAAACUGUUCACAUGCUCUGAGUGUGGAAAGAGUUUCACAGAUAAAUCAAACCUUAACAAACACACAAGAUCUCACACUGGAGAGAGGCCUUAUACCUGCACUCAGUGUGGAAAGAGUUUCAGACAUAAAGGACACCUAAAUGACCACAUGAGAUCUCACACUGGAGAAAAACCGUUCACCUGCUCUGAGUGUGGAAAGAGUUUCAGACGCAAAGAAGAAGUAAAUGUGCACAUGAGAAUUCACACUGGACAAAAUCUGUUCACCUGCUCUGAGUGUGGAAAGAGUUUCAUUCAGAAAGGAAACCUUAAGAGACACAUUAGAAUUCACACCGGAGAAAAACUGUUCACAUGCACUCACUGUGGAAAGAGUUUUGGUUACAAAAGCACUCUCGAAGAUCAUCAGCGCUGUCACUCUGGAGUGAGAUCGUUCAGCUGUGAUCAGUGUGAUAAAACAUUUGUUUUAGCAUCAAGCUUAAGAGCACACCUUAAUGUUCAUGCUGCUGUGAAGCCUCACGUUUGUUCAUUUUGUGGAAAGAGUUUUACACGACUGCAAAAUUUAAAAGAGCAUGAGAGUAUUCAUACUGGUGUGAGACCUCAUGUUUGCUCUGACUGUGGGAAGAGCUUCGUUAUAUCAAGCAACUUAAAAUCACACCAGAGAAUUCAUACUGGAGAGAAACCGUACAAGUGCUCACACUGUGGGAAGAGUUUCAACCGAUUAUCUCAUCUAGAGACUCAUAAAAAAAAAGUGUUACCUGAAGUUUCCUAAAUUCAUUUUCCAAAGUUAAUUUUCAGAUCCAUCAUUUUCAACCAAAUGAUAGAAUUUCUUACAAAAUCAUCUGAGAGAGAAAUUUGUUAAAAAGACACAGAGGCAUGGUGAGGAUUGUUGGAAAUUAGGGGGGGAGAUCAAAAUGCUCCAAUUUUAAUGUUUAUUUUAUGUUGGGGAGUAAAUAGUGAAACUAGAUAUCUCCAUCAAUAUUCUGUACAAAUUCAUUCUGUUAGUCUGGCUGUUAAGAGGUGAUGCACUAUUAUCAGUGUCAUUCCUAAUAUUUAUACUUUGUAUUUAGAUUUUGUUACAAGAAAAAAGGAACAAAACUUGACUUAAAGGGAUAGUUCACCCAAAAAUUAAAUUUGUCAUUAUUUACUCACCCUCAAGUUAAAACCUGUAUAAAUUUCUUUGAUCUGUUCUACACAAAGGAAGAUAUUUGGAAGAAUAUUUGUAACCAAGCAGAUCAAAUGUGAUAUUGAUUUUAUACAACAGUUCAACCAGUGAUUCAGCGGCCCAUUCAUAAACAGAGCUUCUCCAGAGCGGCUGCACAAGCUCUUCCUUUUGCAGGAGAUAUUUUGAAGAAUGUUGAUAGCCAAACAUUGACUUCCAUUAUGAACAAACAAAAUACUGAGACAUUUCUCAAAUUAACUUCUUUUGUGUUCCACAGAAGAAAGAGAGUCGUACAGGUUUGAAACGACACAAGGGAGAGUACAUGAUGACAGGAUUUUCAUUUUUGGGUGAAUUAUCACUUUAAUGCAUUAUUAACCCAUUAAUCUAAUGCAUUAUUUAUGCAUUAAACUCUACACUACAAGUUUCAGGUAUACAAUGUAUCUAUUUUUAGAUAGAGUUUUUUAAAACAUGCUUGUAUAUAACUUUGCUAUCAUUGUGAUGCAUAGGUUUACUUAAAUCUUAAUAUCUCUGAUUUGCAAAUGACUCCUUUGUCUCUAUUUUACACACAUUCACUUGUUUAAUCGAUGUCUGAUUACAGUAAUCAACCCUCAUCAAUAUUCUUUCAGCUUCUCUUUGAACUGAAUUGAAGAAUUGAUAGUUUAACAGUGCUGGAAAUAUAGAUCUCAUUUCUGACAAUGACACCACUUUUGAGAAGAUCAUGACUAAAAUACCAUAAAGAAAUAAAAGUACUGUAGAGUAGGCUAACAGUCGGCUCUUUUGUUUUUAACUUCCCCUUCUUUAAUUGAAUUAUAGGAAUUUAAUGAUUUGAGCCCCAAUGGAACUGAAUGAAGACAAACAGCAUCCGUUUCAAAAACAUCAGUUCGCAAAUUAAGAUGGAAUUUCACAGACUAAAAAUAAUUCCAUGCAAAAAUAAAAUGGAAAGAGUUUCAUAAAUGAAACAUUAAUGUGCACAUGAGAAAUUACACAGACCAUCUGUUCUGUUUCUGUUUAAAUAAUAGCUUCCUCUUGACUUUUUAAGAUCGGUUUGAAUAUCUUGGCAUCUCUUUGAAUGAGCAACUUUCAAUUUACCUCGACGCAUUGCCUCUUGUCUAAAUUUAAAGAAUUCCCAUCACUGGAGUUGCGCCAGUAGAGGGCGCUCGUGCAACCGAAGCAAUGACACACAUCCGAGUCUAGGAGAAGAAGAGAAGUGAGCGAGGGAAGGGAACAUAAACAUGUGAAGUAGAACACAGCCGUUCAUUUUGGUUUUUCAGACUGACUACAUUCAUUUUUCUUUUUUUAUUAGGAGAAAUCUAAAUCCAAAAGACUAAACGAGUCGUUCAUGUAGUGAAUCACUCAGAAAUUAAUCGAAAUGAACCGACUGAUGUUGUACAUUACGCUCGUGGUAAGUGUACCCAUUGAGCCCAAGUUCAACUCUGAAGUCAAAUUAAAAAAAGAGAAAAUCAUAUUUUUAUGCUGCUCAUUAUUAUUAUAGCCAACACAAGCUAGCCUUGAAUGGAAAAAAAAUAAAUUAACAUUUCUCAAUGUGGGCACAAUAAAAAUUACUAUGAUGCUUAGUCCACAUUAUAUUUAAAGGAACACUCCACUUUUUUUUGAAAAUAGGCUCAGUUUCCAACUCCCCUAGAGUUAAACAGUUGAGUUUUACCGUUUUCGAAUCCAUUCAGCCGAUCUCCGGGUCUGGCGGUACCACUUUUAGCAUAGCUUAGCAUAGUUCAUUGAAUCUGAUUAGACCGUUAGCAUCUCCUUAUAAAAUGACCAAAGAGUUUUAAUAUUUUUCCGAUUUAAAACUUGACUCUUCUGUAGUUACAUCGUGUACUAACACCGACGGAAAAUGAAAAGUUGCGAUUUUCUAGGCCGAUAUGGCUAGGAACUAUACUCUCAUUCCGGCGUAAUGAUCAAGGAACUUUGCUGCCGUACCAUGGCUGCAGCAGGCACAAUGAUAUUACGCAGCGCCUGUGACCCCCUGCUUGCACAGGGAGCGUGCCUUGCAACCAUGGAGACAUUUGUGAGAGACACUGCGUAAUAUUAUUGCGCCUGCUGCAGCCAUGGCACGACAGCAAAGUUCCUUGAUCAUUAAUACAAGAUCUUGAAACUGCAACCUCUUGAUGGAAAUAAAUGUUGUAAUGUUAUUUCCAUCAGGAGGUGCAUACAUUUUUGGUCAAGAUCUGGUCAAGAUUGAUAUACAGUAGCCUAUUUAGCUGGGAAUCGUAAUCGGGCUAAGGUAAGGAGAUGGCUUUGAACACUUGCUGGUUAUGAUUUUGGAAAAAUCAAAUUGAUUUUGGAUCAUUUUUAACCAAAAAAAGUUACGGACAGCUGCUUUAAAUAGGUUCAUAAUCAUCACUGUUGAUCGCUAAAUUUAAGGGCUAUGCACUGUCAGAGAUUUACAACACGUUAAUUCAUCUUUUUCUUCUUAAUGACUUGAAGGUGUGUGGCUGGUGAACAGGGAGAAGCAUAGAGUAAACUUUAUAGUUAACUAUACAAUGUGCAUUUGAUAUGAAAAAAAAACAUCUUCAAAUUAUGUUUGAAGCAUUUGAAUGCCAUUGCAAUGGCUGUUUUCUCUUUUUGUUUUCAGCUGAAGGGUUUUUUUUUUUUUUUUUCAUUUUAAACAUUUAUCACCACCACCACCACAGUAAAAAGGCAUUUUUGACAAGCGGGUUGUCUUACCUUAAAGGGUUAGUUCACCCAAAAAUGAAAUUUCUGUCAUUAAGUACUCACCCUCCAAACCCGUAAAAUUUUCUUUCAUUUUCGUAACACAAAUUAAGAUAUUUUUGAUGAAAUCUGCGAGGUAUCUGAACCACACAUAGGCAGCAACGUUGUUGCGCUUUUCAAGUCAAGUCAAGUCAUCUUCAUCUAUAUAGCGUUCAGAUUGUUAGGGUUAGAGUGAUUUAAUCUAAGAGGGUAAUUUGCUAAAAAUUAGUAGUGAAGUUUGAAUCUAUUGAGUUUGUUCAAGCAUUUCCCUUCUCUUUUCACAACUUAUUUGUAACGAUUUGAUUCAAUUUUACUGAACUUCAAACACUUGAUUGCAUUAAAUGAUUUCUAAAGUUUU